AUGGUUCUUCCUGGUGUGGUUUCCUUCUUCCUGGCCUUCUGCAUCGCCGUUCUGUUCAUCCUGUUGUUACGGAAAACACCCACCAACAGGGUUAAGCUGCCCCCAGGCCCCCCAACACUGCCUUUGGUGGGGAACUUGUUCCAAGUCGGUGUUCAGGAUAUCGUCCAGACCCUUCUUCGGCUCCAAGAGCAGUAUGGCCCAGUUUUCACCAUCUACAUAGGCUCCCAGCCAGCUGUGGUUCUGUGUGGUUACGAAGCUGUGAAAGAGGCACUUGUGGAUUAUGCAGAAGUGUUUGCCGGGAGGGCACCAAUAAAAGUUAUGGACAAGAGAUUCACAGAUUAUGGAGUGGUUUUCACCAAUGGGGAGCGGUGGAGGCAACUCCGUCGCUUCUCCCUCAGUACGCUGAGGAGCUUUGGAAUGGGGAAGAGAUCCCUAGAGGAGCGAAUCCAAGAGGAAGCUCAAUUCUUGGUGGAAGAGCUGAAGAAAAAAGAAGGGCAUCAGUUUGACCCCUCCAUCCAACUCAGCCAUGUCUCCUCCAACAUCAUCUGCUCCAUCGUGUUUGGCAACCGCUUUGAAUUUGAGGACAAGGAUUUUGUCACUUUACUUCGCUUGAUCAAGGAUACCAUGGUUCUGCUAUCCUCCCCCUGGGUGCAGCUGUUGAAUUUUUUUCCACGCCUGAUGAAAAUCUUCCCCGGCCCGCAUCAAAAAUUAGCUGUCUACAUGAAUGAGUUAGAACGCUUCAUCUCUCAGAGGAUACAGAUGCACCUGGAGUCAUUCGAUCCCAAUUGCCCACGAGAUUUCAUUGACUGUUUCCUCACCAAAAUGGAGCAGGAGAGAGAGAACCCUGCUUCUGAAUUUCAUGAGAAGAACCUGACGGUGACUGUUCUCAACCUGUUCUUUGCAGGGACGGAAUCAGUUAGCACCACCAUGCAGUAUGGCCUCCUCCUUCUCCUCCGAUACCCAGAGAUAGAAGCAAAAAUCCAAGCGGAGAUAGACCAAGUCAUUGGGAGGCAUCGUAGCCCCUCCAUGGAGGAUCGGACCAAGAUGCCCUACACAGACGCUGUCGUCCAUGAGAUCCAGCGGUUUAUAGAUUUUUCCCCUGUGGGGGUUCCUCAUAUAACAACAAGUGACACGAACUUCCGAGGAUACACCAUUCCCCAGGGCACCACAGUCUUGACUUUCCUGACCUCCGUCCUGCAUGACCCCCAGCACUUUGAGACGCCCAAGAAGUUCAACCCGGGCCACUUUCUGGAUGAAAACGGGGCGUUUAAGAAGAGUGAGGCCUUCCUGGCGUUUUCGGCAGGGAAAAGGAUUUGCUUGGGCGAGGCUUUGGCCCGCAUGGAGGUCUUCUUAUUCCUCACUACGCUGUUGCAGAACUUCAGCCUGGAAACACUUCAGGAUCGGGAGGAAAUUGACAUUUCGCCAAAAACAGAAAGUAAUGGGAAUUUCCCUCGAUACUACCAACUUUCCAUGGUUCCACGGUAA